CAGGUAUUGUGCAUCUCUGUCAUGGCCCAAUUGGAUAAAAUUCGUCCACUCACCUGGCUUGUGUAUAUUGCAGAUACUUUCAGAACUCCUUUUUGGUUUAGCGGCCUCAGCGCUAUAUAAGCCAAACUACUGAGAUAUUUUGAGUUCAGAUUUCAAGUUCCCCUUCUCACGCUUCGGUAAUUAAGCAAGCAUAGGGCGUAGAGUGUGUAUGCAUUGCCUUAGAGUAGCACGGGCCUACAUGCGUGUGUAGGCAUAGGACAGGAGUUCUCGCAUAAUUGUACUUGUAGGCUACGUUAAUGAUAAACCUUUGAUUGUGCAAUCUUAGAUAGACUAACGUUAGACCUGUAUAGCUUAGGCUAUAGGCUUCUUCUACAAUUUGUACGCAUAACGUUAGACCUCUUAGGGCCUACCUGUUCUGCCUAGGUUAGAGGCCUAGGCCUAGUUCAUUGUUACAGAAAUUAGGCCCUAACAGACAGCUGAACUGGGUCAUCUGCUGGUCAUGUACAGUAUGUACACAGUGCAAAGUGCAGUAAUGUUAUACAGGAUUAGAGAAUUUUAAUGCCAUCUUUCCCAAUGUUGAACUAGGCUAGCCUGUCUCUAUUUCUAGUGGUCGAAUAGUGUUGUUCUUGUAGGGCCAUAUUUAUUUAUUUAUUUAUUUAUCUUUUUUUUGCCUUAUUUGGUGACGUUACCACGGCCAGACGUAGUACUGGGUAGGCCAAUGAUGGACGACAAUGAUCAGUUUAAAUGUUCAUUGUGUUGCUUCAUAAGUAAUUCAUACGAGAAAUUUACCUCGCAUGUGGUUAGGUUACAUCGCCAUGAUGCUAAUUUUGUUUGUUUCUGCAGUUUUGGGAACUGUUCAUAUUCCAGUAGGAGCUGGGGAGCCUUUAAAGCUCAUAUGAGUCGUAAACAUUCCAUUCAAAAUGUGAAUAAUGCUGCUGACGGAGAUAUGGCUAAUUAUGCUGAUGUGCCUGAGCAAGAUGAUGACAAUGAUGCUGAGGUUUCACAAAUGUCUGAAUUACAAAUGACCAGAAAUUGUAAUGCAUCGUUUAGCCUCGCCUUGGAAUGUUCCCAUAACUUGACACACUCUUCUGUUGACAGAGUGAUUGAAUCUGUUUCCUCCUUGAUUGAGCAACAUGUCUCUUUGUUCAAGACCAAGAUUCGUGAAAAACUCCAAGAACAAUGUAUCCCAUGUGGAUUUAUGACUGAAAUUUCAGUCAAGCACUUGCUUGAUGAGAUAUGCACAAGGAAGAAACGAGACAAAUUGUAUGAACAGAUAUACUUUUAUGUUCCACCAAAAGCAGUAAAACUUGGAGAAAAGUUUGUAACAGUCAAGGGUGUUCUACAGAAGAAGGAUAUUGUUGGUUAUUGCAUUCCAUUCACAGAAAGUUUAACAAACUUAGUGCUAAUGCCAGAUGUGUGGAAGUAUAUUAGUAACCCACGUGAUCCUUCACACUACAUGUACGAUAUUUCUGAUGGUGAAUGCAUUAGAUCAGACCCAUUAUUCACAAGGAACCCCCAAGCUCUUCAGGUAAUUCUUAACACCGAUGAUAUUGAGAUAGUCAACCCGAUUGGGUCUCACACCAAGAAGCACAAACUGACUAUGUUCUAUUACACAUUAGCAAACAUCCCACCUGAAUACAGGUCACAGCUACAGACUAUACAACUUUUAGGUGUUGCCAGAAGUAAGGACAUUAGAAAGUAUGGAUCUGGUGCUCUCCUAGAAGACUUUGUAAGUUGCAUAAAUAAACUUAGUUCAGGUGGUCUUGAGCUUAAGGUGAAUGGUGUAAACAUGCAUCUUGAAGGCAAACUUGUCAUUGUACCUUGUGACACACCAGCAGCACAGUGGCUUGGGGGCUUCAAGGAGGGUGUUUCUUUUGCAUUGCAUGGUUGCAGGUGUUGUCAAGCUUCUCAGUCUGAUAUGAAACGAAAGUUUGUUGAACAAGAGUUUGUUAUGCGAGAAGAAGGAGAGCACAGAAGAAGAUGCCUUUCUCUUGAUGGCUUGUCUAAAGCUGCAAAGAUAUACUGGAGUAAACAAUGGGGCAUAAAUUCGGCAAGCUGUCUCCAGAGUAUCCAUGAUUUCAGUAUCUGCAGUGGUUUAGUUCAAGACCCUAUGCAUGUAUUUUUGGAAGGUUUAAUACCACACGAAUUGAAAUACAUGCUCUAUGACUAUAUUGUGGUUUCAAAGUACUUCACCUUGGAGUGGCUUAAUGCAAGAAUAACAUCCUUUUCAUAUUCGUACCUCCAUCUGGGAGCAAAGCCUGAAAUCCUGGAUAAGACUCAUAUUGUGGGAGAUGGAAAACUAAAACAAACAUCUGCUGCUACUAUGACCCUAAUUUGCACAUUGCCGUACAUUAUAAGUCAAAAGGUACCUCAGGGAGAACCAAAAUGGGUAAACUUUCUGCGGCUUGUGCAAAUUACGCUCAUAUCAACAAGUCCUUGCUGCAGCCACAUGACAGCUUCUGUACUUGCUCAGCUUGUAUAUGAACAUCAUACAACCUUCACUGCUCUCUAUCCAAAGGGGAAGGUUACGCCAAAGAUGCAUUAUUGCAUCCACCUACCAAGGCAGAUGAUUAAUUAUGGCCCAUUAAGACACCAUUGGUGUAUGCGUUUCGAGGCAAAACAUGGUUUCUUCAAAACUAAAAAGUGGAGAUGUUUCAAAAACCUUCCAUUGAGCAUCUGCCUGAAACAUCAGAAGUACAUGUGCUACAAGCAGUUGGGUUCACACGGUCAAAAGACACAAACAUUUCUGUAUUCUGGUGACACUGUUCGAGAGGGAAAGUCUGUUAACUUACAUGACGAAUAUCCAGAUGCAGUUGGUAGUAUUGGUGCGUAUUUUGGUGUUGAUCAUCAAGCUGAGAAUGGAGUGCAUGCUUACAAGACAUCUAGUUUAACCAUCCAUGGGCAUGAAUACAGACCAGGCUGCUGUCUGGUUCUUGACUAUAAAGAUGACUUGCCACAAUUCGGAAUUUUGGAGGCCGCUGUUGUCAUCAACGAUGAAAAAUUUUUCAUCGUUGAGUGCAUGGAAACGCAGUACUUUAAUUUUCAUGUUUUGUCUUACGUUCUGGAGUCAAAACAUGAAUAUUUGUGUGUUCAUUUUUCACAGCUGUUUUCAAAGUGGCCACUAAGUGUGUACAAGUAUGCAGGAAAGAAUUGCGUAAUCAAUAAAUACUCACACACAUAUGAACUAUUUUGACUGCACAGAUAAGGAUCCAACCACAAGAAUUCUGAAAUGUUUUUGCGUUUUCCAUUUUUACUUACUAGGACUGAUAGUGUACAGUUUGUUGAAUUAGUUUUUAAAUGGUUGUACAUUAACCGAGAGUGCCUUUAUGUUAAUUAACAGUACACUAUUCUUUUUACAAUUCUGUCAGAAUUUCUGCUAAUAUAACUUUUAAAGGGAUGUGCAAAAUUAGUAACGACUGUACACAAAUACUUUCUUUUAAUAAUGAUUUAUGCAGUGCUGCUCUCACAUGUGACAUUUCUGUACCCAGUGUUGGACAGACCCUAUUUGAAUACCAAUGGAUUUGAUUUUCUGUAGAUCAAUUCCAUCAAUUAUACUAAUGGUGACCAACAGAGGGUGCUUCUUAUAGCUGAAAUGCUUUAUGCAUUUUCCAUUUUUACUUACUAGGACUAAUGGUGUACAGUCAGUUAAAUUUGUUUUUAAAUGGUUGUACAUAAACUGAGUAUGGCUUACCAGCCAGAGUGCCAUAUGAUAAAUGUGACUGGUCUCCUCCUCAAUUGUACUCAGCAAGUAAAUUUGUUGAGUAGUUAUUUCAACUGAGCAGCUUUAUGAAAUUUGGUUAGGGUUAGGAUUGGGCACACUUGUGUUGCAAUCAGUGGCUAUCUCUCCAAAUGCAUACACACUUUAUUAUUUAUUAAGUCAUACAUUAAUUGCAUGCACUUUUGAUUACAUUUUUGCCGUUUGUUUGAAAUCAUGAGGUUUAUCUAUUUUGCGUUCUGUAAAUUAUCUGCAGUAUCCAGCCUUUACACUUGUUGACACAGUUAAACAUUUUGAGAGAU